CGCGCCCUCGGCGCGAGAGGCGGACACAGGCACACGGGACCUCUCCUGCUGCGGCCCGGGACGUCCACCGCUCUGCUUCCCGCGCACGGGACGCGGGGGUCCCGCGAGCUUCCGCCGUAUCCACUGACGAGCGGGCCGCCAGGACCAAGAAGGCCUCGUGCAGAGGCGCUCUCCUCAGAAUCCACUCUACCUCAGCAGCUUCUGCAGAGAGGCAUGAGGGGCGGCUCCUGGCUUCUGGAGCGUGAGGUGGGCUCGGGGUCAACCAGUUAAGGGGACAACGUGGACGGCCCGGCCCGGCCCGCCUCCCUCUAGCACUUCUACUCCUUGGCCUAGCGGCAGGCGCGGGAAUCCACAAAGGCCGACAUGUUCCCGAGGAGGCCGCCGGCCACCCUGGCCGCCUGGCUGACGGGCGCGCGGGGCGGGGGCCUUCUGGCCGCGCUGGCCAAUCAGUGCCGCUUCGUGACGGGCCUGCGCGUGCGGCGAGCGCAGCAGAUCGCGCAGCUCUACGGCCGCCUGUAUUCCGAGAGCUCGCGCUGCGCCCUACUCGGACGCUUCUGGCGCCGGCUGCGCGGCCGUCCCGGUCAUGCCUCUGCCUUGAUGGCGGCGCUCUCCGGUGUUUUCGUAUGGGACGAGGAGAGGAUCCAGGAGGAGGAGUUGCAGAGGUCCAUUAAUGAAAUGAAACGGUUGGAGGAAGUGUCAAAUAUAUUUCAGAGUUCUGGAGUUGAGAGUCACCCUCCCGAACCAAAGUGCCCAGCGGAAGGGAAUGAAAAGUCAAAAGACAAAGAAGAACCAUGGGAAAUGGUGAUGGACAAGAAACACUUCAAGCUGUGGCGGCGUCCAAUUGCAGGCACCCACCUUUACCAGUACCGAGUUUUUGGAACAUACACAGAUGUGACGCCCCGACAGUUCUUCAAUGUUCAGCUGGAUACAGAGUACAGGAAAAAAUGGGAUGCCCUUGUGAUCAAGCUAGAGGUGAUUGAGAGAGAUGCCGUCAGUGGUUCUGAGGUUCUUCAUUGGGUAACACAUUUUCCUUAUCCAAUGUACUCUCGGGAUUAUGUUUAUGUUCGGCGGUAUAACGUGGAUCAGGAAAACAAUGUGAUGGUCCUGGUGUCACGUGCAGUGGAACACCCCAGUGUACCAGAGUCUCCAGAGUUUGUCAGGGUCAGAUCUUAUGAAUCCCAAAUGGUUAUCCGUCCUCACAAGUCAUUUGAUGAGAAUGGCUUUGACUACUUACUGACAUACAGUGACAAUCCACAAACUGUGUUCCCUCGAUACUGUGUCAGUUGGAUGGUUUCUAGUGGCAUGCCAGAUUUCCUGGAGAAGCUGCACAUGGCCACUCUGAAAGCCAAGAACAUGGAAAUCAAAGUGAAGGACUACAUCUCGGCUAAGCCUCUGGAAAUGAGCAGUGAGGCCAAGGCCACUGCUUCAUCCCCCGAGCGGAAGAAUGAGGGUAGCUGUGGCCCGGCUCGGAUUGAGUAUGCUUAAAGGCUUUUGGAUAAGGAAAGACAGGCACUUCCAGCCCUGCCUUGCUCCUUCAGCUCUGCUGCAGGACAAGGACAAGUCACACAUGUUUGAAGACAUCUGCUGUAACUGUCAUUGCAAGAGAAUUUAGAACUGGAGUUAGAUUUCCUCUGGAGUCCUAAUACUCUUUACCAAACAGAGGACCAUGACAUCGUGGAGCUGUCAUGUUCUCAGGCCAGCUGUUGUGAAAUCCAGUAUCAUGCUGACCUACUCUGGAACAACCUCUCACUGUAGGCCAGAAGGGGAUGAUUCCUAUCCGCCUCCUACAAGCAGCUUCCUUGCUGACAUUCCAAAUGCCACCAUCGGUUAUGCAAUGCUCUGGAUAUCCUUCAGUUCUGUAGGUCACUUGAAGAGUGGUUGGCCCCGGGUUCUCCCUAAGUGGUUUUUUGAAGUGCUCUUGGUAACAGUCCUGUGGUGGUGUGAGCAGUUCUGGCUGAGCUAAGUGCCUUGUCCUCACCUUGCUUUAUCUUUAAAGACAUGAAGUUUGUACCAAGGGAUCCUUCCCCCUGCAAAAUACCAUGACAUUGACUCAUCUGAUGAAAGCAGCUUUCAUCUUAACUGGCCUUUCUGUGUUCAUGGGCUGUGCUCACUGGAUCAUGGCCUCUGCCGUAGCCUUAGCCCAUAUGCCAGGAGCACCAGAGACAAACCCCUCUAGACAAUAGCUUUCUAUUUGAUGUCAUCAGUGUUUUGAUAGGGUCAGUGGAAAUGCACACAAAACAGUUUACGUAAAAAUAACCAGAUUUCUUUUUAACCCUUGUAGCAAAUGGAGUUGGGAGGUUGAGCACAGCUCGUUCCAUUGUCUUGUUUGUUUUGGCACUAUUUUCCCACUACAGAUUGACUGGGCUAUUUUGGACAGAUAAAGGUAGUGGAUAAUGGUUGUGCCAUUUUCUCAGAGUUUUCAAAACUGUAAGCUGACAUAUGGGCCAGCAGAUGGAGUCUUGCCCAAUACCAGUAUGGUAGGGAUGGGGCUUAUGUGACCCUCUGGUCUUCUAAACCGUCAAUCCUCAGAGCUGACAUAGAAGUAAUAUACACAGUUUGGAUAAGAUCACAACCAGGUGAUAGGUGCCUGACCUUGCUGGUUUCUUUAUGGUAAAUAGGGAUCAAGUUUUACAUCCUUCUCUCUCUUUUCCUGGAGUUAAUAUAGCUGAAAUUUUCUUUGCCUGCUUGCUACCUACCCUGUUGUGGUGUUGAAAAAGGAAACUAAACCCAAGGUGAACAUAACCCUUUAACCUUCUUGUUGCCUAUUGAGUUCUGUGCCAAGGAAACAACUGACUCCCCCAGUGUUUCUGUCCUUUCAGUUGUUGGCAGAGAGUUGCAUUGAGAAGCCCCAAUGUCUUUCAUAUAUCUGAAUUUAACAUCUGUAGUUGAAUGCCUGUGAGUGUGAGAGCGAUUGUAAGCAUGUGUGUGUGUGUGU